AUGGCUUUGACAUACAAGCAAUCACAGCUCGUCAGGGGUACGAUCCCGGCUCUGCGUGAGCAUGGCGAGACCAUCACGACCAUAUUUUAUGCCAACAUGCUGCGGGCUCAUCCUGAGCUUCAUGACCACUUCAACAAGGUCAACCAGGCCAACGGCCGCCAGCCCCGUGCCUUGACCGGCGUCAUCCUUUCCUUCGCCGCAAACCUCAACCACAUCAGCGAGCUCAUCCCCAAGCUGGAGCGCAUGUGCAACAAGCACUGCUCCCUUGGAAUUCUACCGGAACACUAUGACAUCGUGGGAAAGUACCUCAUCCAAGCCUUUGGACAGGUUCUGGGUCCUGCCAUGACCCCAGAGAUCCGCGAAGCCUGGACAAAGGCCUACUGGAUCCUCGCAAAGAUGCUCAUCGGCCGCGAGGCCCAAAUGUAUCGCGAGUUCGAUGAUGACAAGUGGAAGGGAUGGCGCAAGUUCCGCAUCGAAAGAAAGGUUGCCGAAACGGACGACAUCUUCUCCUUCUACAUGGUGCCUGUCGACGGCAAACGGCUACCUGACUUCUACCCAGGUCAAUACACCUCGAUCCGCGUCACAAUCCCCGAGCUCGGCCACUAUCAGUCACGACAAUACUCGCUCAGUGACUCACCACGACCGGAUUACUACCGCAUUACCGUCAAGCGUGACCAGGGCGUCAAGGUCGGCAAGGGAGCCGCCACCUUUAACCUCAACCCUGGUGUCUUUUCCAAUCAUCUCAUCGAUGAGAAGAGACCGGGCGACAUUGUCGAGCUGACGCAUCCUACUGGCGACUUCUUCUUUGACACCCACGCCGCCGGCACUCUGCCCGUCGUUCUCAUCUCCGCCGGCGUCGGCGUCACGCCUCUCAUGUCCAUCUGCAACACCAUCAUCGAACGCCAGGCUAUCCGCCCUAUCUCAUGGAUUCACUGCUCGGCCCGGGCAGCUCCCUUUGAGGAGCAUAUCCGCAAGAUCGCUUACAGCCGCGCCAACUUCAUCACCAAGUUCUUUCGCUCCCAGAUCGCCGAUGUCGAAGAUGACGACUCCCUCUCCUCCUCUAGCGACUUUGGCCUCCGCAUGGACCUUGCACGGAUAGCGCCCGAAGAGCUCUACCUCAGUCAUGGUGGUGCAGAGUACUACAUCUGCGGUCCUGAAAUCUUCAUGGUUGAGAUGUCACAAUUCCUCAUUAAUCAGGGUGUCGAUCCCAACAGGGUCAAGUUCGAGCGGUUUACUACGGGCGAUUUGGAGUUCAAAAAAUGA